GAAGGCAGUCAGCUGAGCCUGCCAGCUUCGGAGCGCAAGGAUCCCUUCUUCUUCUCCUCCUCCUUCUUCGCGUUAUCCUUUCCAGCAAAGGCGAGGGGAAAGCGGAAAGAAAGAAAGAGAAAGAAAGAAAAAAGAGAGAGAGGGAGGAAAAGGGGUUUCCCCUCUUCCAAGCCCCCCAACCCAAAACAGAGAGGAGCCACCAGAGACGUCAUGGCACCCGCUGGCUUGAAAGCCGUGGUGGGAGAAAAGAUUAUGGCUGAUGUCAUAAAGAAAGUAAAAAAGAAGGGAGAAUGGAAGGUGCUGGUGGUGGAUCAGCUGAGCAUGCGUAUGCUGUCCUCCUGUUGCAAAAUGACAGAUAUCAUGACGGAGGGGAUAACAAUUGUAGAAGAUAUUAAUAAGCGUCGAGAGCCGCUACCUAGCCUGGAGGCUGUGUAUCUCAUCACUCCAUCCGAAAAGUCGGUGGAGUCUCUCAUUGCUGACUUCAAGGAACCCCCCAAUGCCAAAUAUCGAGCUGCGCAUGUCUUCUUCACGGACUCUUGCCCAGAUUCCUUGUUCAAUGAACUGGUCAAAUCCCGGGCAGCCAAAGUCAUCAAGACUCUGACGGAGAUCAACAUUGCUUUCCUGCCCUAUGAGUCCCAGGUUUACUCCCUGGAUUCAGGGGACUUCUUCCAGAGCUUCUACAGCCCUCACAAGGCUCAAAUGAAGAAUCCGAUUCUGGAACGCUUGGCAGAGCAGAUCGCAACGCUUUGCGCCACGCUGAAGGAAUACCCGGCUGUGCGAUACAGGGGGGAUUACAAAGACAAUGCUAUGCUGUCUCAGCUGAUCCAGGACAAAUUGGAUGCUUACAAAGCUGAUGACCCAACCAUGGGAGAGGGUCCAGACAAAGCUCGUUCCCAGCUCAUCAUUCUGGACCGUGGCUUUGAUCCCAGUUCCCCAGUGUUGCAUGAGCUCACGUUCCAAGCAAUGAGCUACGACUUGCUACCCAUUGAAAAUGAUGUCUACAAGUAUGACACAAGUGGAAUCGGGGAGGCCCGUGUCAAAGAAGUUCUACUCGAUGAAGAUGAUGACCUCUGGGUUACUUUGCGCCACAAACACAUUGCCGAGGUGUCCCAGGAAGUCACCCGAUCUCUGAAGGAUUUUUCUUCCAGCAAAAGAAUGAAUACCGGUGACAAGACCACCCUGAGGGACCUUUCCCAGAUGCUGAAAAAGAUGCCCCAAUAUCAGAAAGAACUCAGCAAGUAUUCCACUCACCUCCACCUGGCUGAAGACUGCAUGAAGCACUACCAGGGCACCGUGGACAAACUCUGCAGAGUUGAGCAGGAUCUGGCCAUGGGCACCGAUGCCGAAGGGGAGAAGAUCAAGGAUCCCAUGCGUGCAAUUGUCCCAAUCCUGCUGGAUGCCAACGUCAGCACUUACGACAAGAUACGCAUCAUCUUACUCUACAUUUUUCUCAAGAACGGGAUCACCGAGGAGAACCUGAACAAACUGAUCCAGCACGCGCAGAUCCCACCUGAGGACAGCGAGAUCAUCACCAACAUGGCACACCUUGGGGUGCCCAUCGUCACAGAUUCUACUUUACGCCGUAGAAGCAAGCCGGAGCGGAAGGAACGUAUCAGUGAGCAGACUUACCAACUCUCCCGAUGGACUCCAGUCGUCAAAGACAUUAUGGAGGAUGCUUUGGAGGAUAAACUGGACACCAAGCAUUACCCGUAUAUCUCCACUCGCUCAGCUGCUUCCUUCAGCAGUACAGGUGCUGUCAGCGCCCGCUAUGGGCAUUGGCACAAGAACAAGGCUCCCGGAGAAUACCGAAGUGGUCCUCGCCUCAUUGUUUUCAUCCUGGGCGGGGUUGCUCUGAGCGAGAUGCGCUGCGCCUACGAGGUGACACAAGCCAGCGGAAAGUGGGAGGUGUUGAUAGGUAAGUCCUUCUCUAGCUUGGAGUCUUCAGCUCAUACUUGCUUGCUCCCCUCUGCCCUCCAUCAUCUCCAUCUCUCUCCUCACCUUUCUCUUUGACUUUUAGGCCUCCUGCCUCAAAACUCAGGGCUUCCUAGACGUGUUCUCCCUGGGGAACAUGCUUACUCCCACUGCCCUGUCCCAUUCUCUCCCCGUCCACUCCUACAACCCUUCAGGGUAUUUGAGGGGCUGCCAGAAAAAUGGGGGGGGGUCAAUCUAUUUUCCUGAGGGCAGGACAAGAAGCAACGG